CACCGCACGUCCACUUUUGACAAUUUCUAUUCUUUACUAUUGCUAGCAGCUUGCCUGCCUGCAAGCAUAUAGCAGCAAUCAUGGCUACGGCAACAAUUGAACUGCCGUUCAUCUCGGCCCAUUACUCCAUCGCGGAGUCGACUCUUUCGACACUUACCCAAGCUCCUACCGUCGAAUUAGUCAACCAGCUUCUGGAGGCCAUUUCCAAAAAAGCACGCGAACACGAUGAGCUGAAAGCAGACAAAACACGCUUGGAAGUUGAGCUUGAUAACGCGGUUCGCAGCAGCGAAAGCAAGGUCAAGGUCCUGAAGAGUACUAUCGAGAAGGGCCACGCUGAAGUGGAAGAAACACGGAAGAAGCUUCACGAGUCAGGUUAGAUGGGACGUCACCGCCGUCAACUGAUUACCUGCUGACAGUUUACAGAAAAUGCUCGAUCGUCCCUGGAAUCCGAGAUCGCCUCGCU